AUUAUGAUGUGACGCACUUUCGCGGAGCUGCGCGCCUUGUGGGCGUGGCUUAUCCAGCACAUGACCCACGUCAGCAGCCGGACUGAGGCUGUGAAGCUGCUACAAAACAAGAAAGAGGAAAGCUGGUCCUGUGCGCGAGGGGAGGAGUGCGGGUUUCAAGGCUGCGUCUGCAGGUCAGACAAACCCGAAAGUUUGAUUCGACUGUUCAGACGCAACCCCAGCGGAGUGCAGACCCCCAGCCCGCAGCCACGACCACCGACAUGCCUCCGCUGGAGCAGACGUUCAUUUAUAUCUGACGUUUAAAGUCCCGCGUCUUCCUGCCAGCUCUGUCUGGGGACGCGAGGAAGGAAUGCAAGGAUGAGCAAGGCAAGGCAAGGCAAGGUACCCUAGAGGAUUAACCUUUCAUCUUCAAUAAUGAAACAGCAUCAGAAAACAGUGAUGAGUGUUCAGUUUGAUGAGCCUCCAUGUGCUCCUACGAGUGAGAACAUCCUUAAUGAACGCACCAACUCACUCAGAUCUUUGCUGAAAGAAAGACUGAAAAAGAAGUACCAAGAUCUUGACACGGCUUACUGUGCUCCACUGAAACUGCAUUUAUUUAAGAGAGCGGAUGAAGAUGUCAAAAGCGAAAAAGUGCUUAAAGGUCUGGAAUGGCCCAUUAAUGAUUUCCUGAACGCUGAGGAUGUAAUUGAGUAUGUUGACCUGUUCAAACCGUGUCCCAUCACCACUGAAGAUAUUAGAACUGUUCUGAUGAAAGGGACUCCUGGGAUUGGCAAAACAACUGCUGUGAAGAAGUUUGUUUUGGACUGGACCGAGGGCAGAACGCAUCAGGACAUCACUUUUGUUUUGCCUUUUAAUCUCACAGAGCUGAGCUUGAUGAAGCCAGAGAAAUGCAGCCUGCUGCAGCUUUUAGGGCUGUUCUUUCCAGAGCUGACAGAUGUUGAUGCUCUCCAGCAUGCCAGAGUUCUCUUUGUGCUUGAUGACCUGAGCAAAUGUAAACUCAAACUGAACUUCUGGUACAUAAAAUCUUGUAGUGAUCCAAAAAAGGAGUUGUCACUGAGUGCGCUGCUCGUAAACCUGCUGAGAGGGGAUUUGUUCCCGAAAGCCCAGAUCUGGGUAACUUCAAGUUCACAGGGAGCUGAUAUAAUCCCUUCUAAAUUUCUACAGCGAGUUGUUGAGAUUCAGGGUCUGGAUGAUGUAGACUGGGAAGAAUAUGUCAGAAGACUUGUUUGUGACUGUACUGUGGCUACAAGAGCAAUCGUCCAUGUGAAGUCAUCAAAUGCUCUUUACUCCCAGCGUUCGCUGCCAGUUUUUUGUCAUGUUGCUGCCACUGUUUUGGAAGAACUGAUGACCAACGCAUGUAACAUGGAACUCCCACUGACUUCAUCAGAAAUGUACACACAUUACCUGCUCAUUCAAAUGAGAGGGAAGGCUGAGGCAAAGUGGAUGAAGACUGAUGCUGAAGAGAUCCUGAAUUUAGGCAGACUAGCGUGGCACACGCUUGAGAAAGGCUCUUUAACUGUUUUUGAAGAGGAUCUCAGAAAGAAUAACGUAGCCCCUUCAGCUGCAGCUGAACUCUCUCAGAGAUGGACCACACUUUUUAAAGAGGAAGAACUAAAUAAGGGGAAGGUUUAUCACUUUGCACAUCAGAGCAUUCAGUCAUACCUUUCUGCACUGUAUGUGUUCGUGAAUUAUAAGACCAGCAAAGGUAAUGUGCUCAGCUGUACUUUGGCAGAAAGAGUGAAACACCUGUUCAAACCAGCGGAGGUCACUGAUAUGUACAGAAGAGCCGUGAGCAAGACUUUGAGAAGCAAAGAAGGCCAGUUUGAUUUCUUCCUCACCUUCCUCAUUGGAAUAUCCGCAGGUCCCAGCUAUGAGUCCUUGUCAUGUUUUCUUCCUGAUUCCUGUCAAAGAGGAAGCUCGGAGAACAUAGUCCCUUACAUAUUGAAGAACAUUGAGAACACCACAUCACUAAAUCUCAUCCACUGUCUCGAUGAACUAAAUGUGCCUUACCCUGGGUGUCAGGGAAAUGUAGAAGAGAACCUCACACCAUCUGAGUGGUCUGCUAUGGCAAAAACCUUGCUGAACUCUGAGGAUCCGCAGAGGACAUUUGAUAUCAAGGAAUAUCUCAACCCGGAAGUGGCCUUUCUGAGACUGUUUCCAGUUAUCAAGGCCUCUAAAGUUCUCAGACUCUGUGAAAAUGAAGACCAGAGCUGGGUGUUGCUUGCCUCUGCUCUGAGAUCGCCGUCCAACAGUAUUACAGAAAUUGAUGUAGAGGAUCACAGUAUCAGGGCAAAACAUAUUAUCUUGCUAUCUGAAGGUUUAAAAAGUCCCAACUGCAAAGUGGAGGUUCUCAGAACACCACAUCUUUAUGAUGAUUACAAGGGAGACCCUGAUCCUCUGAUUUCAGCUCUUUUAUCUAAUCCAUCACACCUAAAAGAGCUGAACUUGAGCUUUUCGUAUGCUGUAUCUGCCAAGACAGUGGAAUGCCUAGAAAAACUAUUAGUGGACCCUGAGUGUCAUCUGGAGAAGCUUGUCUUACAUAACAACAUAAGAAUGUCAGAAACCUCUUUCAAGACUUUGGCUGAAGCCCUUUGUAGCAGUAAUUGCUGUGUGAAAGAACUAGAUUUGUCCAGCAAUUACAGUCUCUUUGAUGAUAAGGGUGUAGUUCGACAUCUGUCUAAAGGGCUUGGAAACCCACGCUGCCCAAUUAUAGUUCUGAGGUUAGCAUUUUGUUCUGUGGAUCACACAGGGGUUCUUGCCCUGGUCUCUGCUCUUUCUUCAAACCCUUCACACCUGAGAGAGCUGGACCUGAGUUACAGCAGACCUGGACUUCAAGCCUUUCUGCAGUUUUGCUCUUUGUUGGAAGACCCUCGUUUCAAACUGGAGACACUGAUACUGGUUAAUAUAGACUGGUGGAAGGAUGACACUCCAUGUGGCACCACCACUUACAGACGAAGCCUUACUGAUAUCAUAAGUGAUGCCUGCAAAGCUCUGGCUUCAGCCCUCAGCUCAUCAAAUCUCAGAGUGCUGGAUCUCAGUAUUAACUGUUUGGAAGAUUCCUCAGUGGAGCUCCUUUCAGCUGGACUGAGCCAUUCUGCAUGUAAACUGGAGAUUCUUAGAAUGGCACGAUGCAAAAUCACAGAAGUUGGAGCUUCUACGCUGGCGAAUGCUUUGCGUCUAAAUCCUUCCUACAUACGAGAAUUAGACCUGAGCUACAAUCCGGUGGAAGGAACCGGCUUUGACCAACUCAACUCGCUAGUCGGAGAUCCAGCAAUCAAACUGGAGAAAAUAAUUGUAGACGGGCUUGGAGAGAAACGAGAAAUUGAAUGGCUUCGGCAACAUGAAUUCCCACUGACUCUGGAUCCCGACACAGCCUCGGUUAAUGUGAAGGUGUCCGAGGGGGACAAAGAAGCUUGGCACAACUAUAACCGACAGCAGCCCCUCCCAGAAAACCCCGAGAGGUUUAAACCGUAUUCCCUAGUCAUGUGUCGAGAAGCGCUCGCUGGUCGCCACUUCUGCCAAGUGGAGUGGUUUGGAAGGUGUGCCACUAUUGGGGUGGCCUAUAAAGACAUUAGCAGGAAGGGGCAUUUUGCAGCCUGUAGCCCAGGAUACAACAAGAAGUCAUGGGCCAUUACAGUGAGCAACCCCUUUCCACUGUCAGAAGCCCUCCAUGAUGGGGUGAAAAAGCGACUUCCUAACCGUUCACCCUGGAGAGUUGGAGUUUAUCUAGAUUGGUCUGCAGGCACUUUGUCCUUCUAUGACAUCACAUAUGAAGAGGCUGGACUCAUUCACACAUUCUAUGCAAAGUUCACCGCACCACUUCAUUUGAUCUUCAGCAUGUCAGCUGGGAUACGCUUGCUGCCACCAAACCCUAGUCCAGUCUGCUGCCAUGACCACGACCUUUGGGACAUGUUCAGAGGUACUAAAGAUUGCAAGGGCUGCAACGGCUCAAAGGCAGGUUAAACUAAUACUGAUGGUGGCCUUCUGCUUAGUAGAUACAAGGUGGUGUCUCCUGACAGCGUCACAUUUAAAGUCAAUGAGCUUUUCAGGAUGACCCAUUCUGCUGUCAGUGUUUGUUCUAAGAAGCUUGCUUGGCUGUGUGCUUGAUUUUAUAUACCUGUUAGCAGUGGAUGCGGCUGAAACACUCAAAUCCAACGAUUGGGAGUGUCCACAUACUUUUUAUCAUAUAAUGUACAUGAAGUGCACUGCUUAUUUUAGAUAACUUUAAUAAAAGUUUAAUUUAAAAAGUU